AUGGACUGGCUCUUCCCAAAGGAUCCCUGCUCGUCGAUCGCUCAUGACGAGGCCGAACAUUUGCGCUUUGCAAAUGCCUUGCUCAACGCGGUGUCUACCGAGGUCGACCUUCCCGGCAUGAACUUGACAUCUGCGAGGUGGUUGUGGGAUGCCAAAGGGGCUCCAGCUUUUGUCUUCCAUCAGGUGAAGGUUGGUGAUAGCUUGCUUUGGAGGGCGAAGGGCGUCACCGCGAAGGACUUGUCUUUCCUUUUGGCUGCCUUCAUCACUCAUGCAGCCGGACUGGGAAUGGGCGUGGCUGUGCUGUUGCUGAUUCGAAGAUACGUGCUGCCCGCGCUCCGCACCGAGCUGCAGCGGGUUGUGCUCUUCAACUCAUCAUCGUUGAGGCUGUUGCACUCUCCCGAGCAUGCCAGCUGGGCUUUGGGCACUACCAUGGUCCAUUGGCCCAUGCGGGGCGUGCUGAUCCGCUGGGGGAAGCGGCACAACCCAGCGGGGGUCCACUCGAUGAGUUUUCAAGCUCGGGUGUGGCCGGAUGCAACUGCCGAAGAGGGCGAGAUGACGAUCGUGAAGACAAAGCGCAUCGCAGCCAUCAACAUGCCUUUCUAUCCGGACCUCCCAGAUCAGCUUUGCUUCCUUUUCGUGGUGGAUGCCAACAAAGACGUUCGGCCCAUGCGGAACUUUUACUUCCCCUCGGUCUUUAACAGGGCGCUUGCUGGACAAGGUUUUUGGCAGGCUGAUGAGGAGCAAGCUCCACUGGAAGCUGACAGGCCUUACCAGUUCCAGGCAAUUGCCUAUGACAUUGAUGAUCGGAUUGUCGAAGUAUCAGCAUGGUCGAGACCUACCAUGAUUCAGCGUCGCAGGAGAUUUUCAGAGCUACCGCUGCUGCUGUGGCAAGCCUUUGCUGGAUUCCAGUCGAGUUCCUUAACAAAUUUCAUGAGUGAGCACACCGUGGUGCUCCCAAAAGAGCCAACAAUGCUCAUCACGCUGAAGAAUUUGCGCUUGUGCAUUUCCGCUGAUGCUCCAUCGCUGAAGGGAGCUCCGCCUGCACCAGUGGGGCGCAAACCCAAGGCCUACCAGGUCCAGCUGUACUUCUCCAUCUCGGGAGGCUCGAUGAAGGCUACCGCGGCGGUGCCACUCCCCUCACAGGAUGAGCGAAGGCAGCAGCGCAAGCGCUGGGCUUGGUCGAAGGAAUUGCCCGAGGGGCUGCCUGACAAGGGCUUCAAGCAGAGCGAGUUCAUUCCUCUUGAGAAGAUUCCGGGGCAGUUGAGUUUGGAGGUCGGCAACGAUCUUCGGAAGAAGGUGAAGAUCGAGAUCAUUGUCACUUCGCAGGAUGGGGAAGAAACCGCCGCAGCCGAAUGGAGGGGCACGUGGCACCACUUGCUGGAAGUCCUGUUUUACAGCAAACCACGAGCUUCGCAGAGCCACUCUUUGUACGAGGCUCAGCUGGUCAUGCGGUCUGGCUUGAUACCUGCGGCAGUCCUGACCACCACGGUCAAGAUUGGCAACACCUUCCUGACAUCUACUUCACGCCCAGAGCCGGGGAUCUCUGAGCAGUACCCAGAUUUGUUUGCCAGCGUCCGCCCUGGCUCCACCAUCUUCUGGGGCGAGUCCGUGGAGCUGAAGUGGAAGGUCCCACAACACGUUGAAAAGGAGGCCGAGCUGAACAUCCAGAUCGUCUCUGCAAACAUAGACCCUGCCCAGACCCAAAGCGACAGCUGGAGAAAUCUGGAGGGCGUACAACUCAAUGACGAGCCGCACGACCUGGGAAUGGUGAAGUUGACGACAGGUCACAGGCGUCUGACCUUGUGCUUCAAGUGCGACGCCCUCGCGCAGUGCUACCUGCAGGUGGUGCCGCGCGGAAGCAAGCACCCAGUGUGCUGCAGUCCGCGCUUCUUGGUCUCACGCCCGGUGCUGAUGCAGGAUUUGGAGCUUUGCUAUGCGGGCUUUUGUGCUCGGAACUGCUUGAUCAUGGAGCAGAUGGACUUCACACGCUUGAAGGAACUCGGCGUGCAUUCCGCGGAGAGGGUCUUUCACAUGCUACAGGGCUUCCGCGCGGCGUUGCCGGUGGCAGAGGAGCAAGAGGUAGUGUCUGAAGCAAAGAAGAAGUAUCCUUCCAGCAUCGUGCUUAUCCAGAACGCUCCAUCCGGCACAGUCACUUCGGAGGUGCCAGUCCAGAUCUUGAACCCGACAAACUCGAAGGACGACAAGCUCGAUCCCAAGGCAGACACCGAGGGGGACGCGUCAGUGCCGCUGCUGGAAGGAGGUGCUGAUGACGAGCAACUCCGCGCCCUCGUGCCGCAGCAGAUGUGCAUUCAGCUCCCGAGCAAUGUUUUCUGGAGGCAUGGCGGAACCUGGUCCCAGGAUGUGUUGCUCGGGUACAAAUUCUUGCCUGCAGCUGCGGGCCGGUUGCACGGGAUUGCUGGCAAAGGUACUCGCGUGGUACUGACUACCUUGUUGUUCUACGCGUCCUUGGUGGCCCCUGUGCUCUUUCUGCUGGCCUUUGCAGUGUAUUAUGAUGGAAUUCAAGCCUCUGUACGGUCAGACCUGCUUCAUCGGCAAGGCAUGCAUUUCUACUUGCUGGACUUCAUCGCUUCUCCGUCUUCAUAUCGCUUCUUCAAGCUGGAGCCACAGAUGCAAAUUAUUCAAGGUCUGGCAGUCUUGUAUCUGUUUUUCGUCGGAUUGACCGUGUCUGAGAGCAUGGUUCUUCGCUCCAGAUGGGGAUUGAGAAGAUUCGAUUUGUUUUUCUCGUACGCGGACAGCGCCAUCAAGUGGGUGACGUACCUGCAAGUCGCGAUCCUUGUCCUCUUGGCUUCGAAUGCGCUGAUGUGGGUCCUUCUGGGCGCGUUGAUCAAACCUGAAGUCCUCAUUCCUUACGCCAUCAUGGUGGGCGCAGCAGUGACACUGUCGCACAGCAUGUUGAGCAAGUUCACAGUCAUGAAGAACUACUGCCAGAAAAGGGUCACUGAUUUGCUGAAGAAGUCCCUCUUCGCCGUCUUCAAAGUCAUGGCCAGCGAUGAGCAGAUGGCGCGUACUGCUGAGGAACACAAGAAAGCUUUCGAGAAGCUGAAGCAGGACGUCCAGCGAAUCUUGCCAAAGCAAGAGGAGCCCCAACGUCUGGAGAUGGUGAACCUUGUGCGCAGUGCACGCGAAGGGGAGGAGACAGAGAAGUUCCUCCGCCAGCUCGAGCUGCUUCAGGCUCCGGAAGCACGUCCCCAUCAGGACCAAUCCGGUGAGUCAUCCGAAUCAGCAAGGAAGGUCCGCCACCUUUCAAAGAGUCUGGACCUUCACCCGGACACGGUCAGAGUCAUCCUACAAUGCUUCGACAACGUUGUGACGCUGAAACGCCUGAGCGAAUCAGCAGCGAACCACUCCAGCUCCGCUUCCACCUUGGCCUCCCUCAUAGCCGAUGCGCGGGAGGACUGCUUGUUCAGCCACUUUUUGCCUCGGGCACAUGGCAAAGAGCUGGCAGACUCGGCAGAGCCGAGCGUUUUGGCCUUGCUUCUUUUGCUGCAGAACGAGGAGAUGGAGAAGAUGGACAGCAUAAUGGCAUCGUGCCUCUCAGACUGCCUGGACUGGCGUCACAUCAGCGAGCAGGCAGAGAACUUCUUGACGCACACCAUGCAGCGAGUUGUCAUCAAUGCUGUGGAGCAUGAGAUCUCGCCGGUUGCGCAGAAAGGUGCCGUCGCACGCAUGGAACGGAUUGCCUACAAGCUGGCCUACUCAAACUUUGACGCCAAAUACAGGGAGGAUCCGCUGCAGAUCUUUGUUGACUGCCAGCUGUUGGACAGUGAGGAGCUAAUGAUUGAGCAGGUGCGAUUUGUUUUGCAGCGUGAGAUUGAUUCUCAGCUGCAUGGUGUGGAGCUGAGCCCAAAGAAGCUCAUCCAGGCAGUGAGGAGUAGCUGCUUGCUUGAGGAGAAGGUGUCUUUGGGUAUGGACAGCGAGCCCAAAGCCUUCUUCUCCUACAACAUGCUGCUCGACGUGUUGGAGGCUUUGGGCUGGGGCAAGGAUGAGCUGCAGAAUACCUGGCUUCGCGAGAGAUGGCAAGAGCUGACACAUGGCGCGAACCUGUUCGAGUACAGCUGCGUAGAGGAGGUGGCUGUCAUGGUGCUCAACGUGAGCCACAAGGGCCUUUGGCAGGCCGCAGCAAAGGCAAUGCUUCUCCACAUAGGAAUUGCAGGAUAUGCGGGUUGCCAAGGAGAGACUGUGAAGGCAGGAGAACUUGCGAAGGAGCUUGCAAAGAUUGACAUCCAGAACCUAACAUUGGUCAAUGCGAAAUCCGAAUGGCCCAAAGACGUUGAAGGCUUUUGGCAGGCCGCGGCGACCCAAGAGAGCCCCAAGUCGCCCAGGUUCCUGGCGCCCGGGAGCGUGAUGGAGCUUUUGGAGGCGCUUGUUUACGUACCAGUUCUCAAGGACGAGGACAACUUUCCCACGGACCUAUCACCAUUGGCUCCUCUCGCAACAAGUGUACAGGACUUGGCUUGGCAGAAGCGUCCCGAUGGCUCCAUUUGGCAUGUGCGGCCCUCUGGCCCAAGAAGAUUGCGCGGACUUUGGCUGGAGAUUGUCAACGCCCUUUUUGAUCGCAUGGACUGCCUGCCGUCAGAUGUGGACUUGUUUUUUCAAUGCCAGGAGUGGGCCGCCCGUUGCCAGCACGUGCCGGCCCCUGGCGAGGCAGGCUCAUUGAGCUUCAUGACGAAGCACAGCGCCUUAAAGACUUGGCUGAAGAGCGUGCAUCUCGCCCACCAGAAGAACUGUACUUUCAGUCAGUUCAAGGUGAUCGUGCAGAAUAUGCUGAAAUGCUACAUACCCGACAAGGCUUUGCGUGAUGAAGUCUUCCUGCAGUGUCCCGUCAUCCCGGAUGACGACCAGGGCGAGCUCAGGGCCCUGGCAGACCUCGGGGCCUCGCUCUACGCCUACAUGGGAACGGGACUUUGGUCAGAAGCGCUGAGCCAAGUGGCAAGGCAGAUUUUGCCCACAGGACCUGUUCGAACAUACAGCCUUGCCAACCUGCAGAACGAAUUUGAUUCAAUGGACGCGUCCAAGCGAGGGGUGCUGGAGCCUUCACAGGCAAUUGACCUUCUUCAGACGUUGUCGACGCCAGGCUUGACCUGCAAGGAUUUUGCCGCUGUUCUGGAAGAUGAGCUCGGAUUGAAGGUGCCAGAGCCCGAGCUGCGAAAGUACUUCGCAGUGAUGGACACUAGCAACGAUGGCGUGCUGCAGGAUGAAGAGUUCAUGCAGGCGAUACUUUUUCUGAUGCUGGACUUUUUCCCUCAUUACAUCCUGACCCACUUACGCCUGACCUUCUGGCACGUUGUCUUCUUCGUCUUCCUGGUGCUGCUCACAGUUGGAAUUGUCUUUCUCUUGGUCACCCUGGUGGUGAAUCUUUUCAAGACAGGAGCAUCAAAGGCGGACUCUGCUAUCCACAGCACUUUCGUGACUAUAUUUGGUCUGGCGAGCAAGAGGCGCCACUGGAUACGGUAG